AUGGUCUUAUGCAGAAGGUCAGAGUUCGCACGGACGCUAACCUAUGUGCAAAUACCAGAAUAUUUCGUAUGGAACAACACUACCAAAGUCUGGUCUGAACGUAAGAAAGGAAAAACCAUUGGACGAAUUGUGGCUAUCCAUCCAUCAGCAGGAGAUCGAUAUUAUUUGAGGAUCCUCAUUAAUAAGAUCAAGGGUCCUAGGAGUUACGACGAGCUGAAAACUUUCAACGACGUGAAAUACCUUGACUUCAAAUCAGUUUGCCAUGCCCGAGGCUAUUUGGACAACGAUGUUGAAUGGCUCGAGAGUAUGUCGGAGGGUGCUAGAACAGCCACCCCAUACCAACUCCGCGAUAUGUUUGUCACCUUUCUAAACACUUGCUUCGUUGCAAGCCCCAAAGGACUAUGGGAGCACUCAUGGAAAUCAACGAGCGAGGACAUACUUCACAAGAGGCAAAGGAUCUUAGGCCACUCAAAUCUGGAACUGGACGAUGAGACCCUUGAGCAGUACACGUUAAUCGAAGUGGAAAAGUUGAUGCGCAUGCAAGACCGUUCUUUAAACGAUAUUAAAGAGAUGCCUAAGAUCAAACCUGUUUUGCUAAAAGAAUUGGGGAACAGUUUGUGGAACCAAGAAAUGGAUUACGAUGUCGCCGAAGAAACGCUCAGACAUGACAGUCAGCGUAACUUGCUUAACGCCGAGCAGCGUGCGAUUUACGAAUCAGUAUUAAACUCUGUUGAUAAAAAGGAUGAAAAACUAUUCUUUGUACAUGGCGCAGGGGGCACAGGAAAAACAUUCCUCUAUCAAACCAUCAUAUCCAGACUUCGCUCGAGGAAACAAAUCGUUCUCCCGGUAGCUUCUUCAGGAAUAGCCGCACUGCUACUACCAAACGGAAGAACAGCUCAUUCACGCUUUAAUAUUCCUUUGAAACUCGACGAAGAUAAGCUCUGCAACAUCAAACCAGGUACGAUGCUCGCUGAACUCAUUGAGAAAACGGACCUCAUAAUCUGGGAUGAGGCACCUAUGACGCACAAACAUGCCUUCGAAGCACUUGACAAAACUUUGAAGGACAUAAUGUCUAUCAAAACUCCCCACGCAAAGGAUCAAACUUUUGGCGGAAAAACUGUUUUGUUAGGUGGUGAUUUUAGACAGAUCCUUCCGGUAGUUCCACAAGGAAGUAGAGCUGAUACUGUCUUAGCUUCGAUAAGUCAUUCAUAUCUAUGGAACUUCUGCCACAAGUUCUCUUUGAAGACAAAUAUUCGAGUCAACCAGGAAGAAAAAGAGUUCUCUGAUUGGCUUCUCAAAGUCGGUGAAGGUCGUCCAGAAUCAGUACAGGAACAUGAGGACGAUGGCUACCAUGACCAAAUGGUAAACAUCGACCCCUCAUUGGUCCAAGAGACUAAAGAUGAGUCAUUAAAGCAAGUUGUCGAUGCAGCGUAUGGUGAUAUCAACCAAAUAGAGGCCUCCCAAAGUUCCUACACCGAUAAAACUAUCCUAACACCCCGAAAUGAUACAGUCGAUGAAAUCAAUGCGUAUACAAUCUCCAAAACUGACGGAGAGUCAAAAGACUACUACAGUUACGAUAGCUUUGAGGUUUUGAAACUCAAUCUAACCAAAAUGAUACACUAUACGCCAUUGAGUAUCUUAACUCCAUGGAGUUUCCAGGAUUGCCUUCCCAUGGAGUUUCCAGGAUUGCCUUCCCAUAAACUCACUCUCAAAUUUGGGGCCCCGAUUAUGCUUCUGCGCAACAUAAAUCAAACAAAAGGAUUAUGUAAUGGUACCCGUAUGAUCCUAACCCACAUAGGCGAAAGAGUGCUUAAGGCAGAUAUAAUUACUGGCUCCCACAUUGGAAAUGAAGUUUUGACCCCAAGAAUAAUCCUCUUGCAAGGGGAUACACAGCUACCGUUCACUUUACGUCGACGCCAGUUCCCUAUCAGAUUGUGUUAUGCAAUGACAAUCAACAAAAGCCAGGGCCAAAGCUUAAAAGAGGUUAUCCUAUAUCUUCCUAGACCGGUCUUCGCACAUGGUCAACUGUACGUGGCCCUCUCACAUGUAACAAGCAAAGCAGGACUAAAAAUCAUCAAAGUCGAAGACUCACACAAACAAAAAGUGAGGAACAUAGUCUACAAGGAAAUCUUCAACCGCCUUAAUUCUCAUGAGAGAAAGUAA